CCCCAAACCGUUGGGGUCUUACUGAACGAGAACAAAAACAAGCAAAAUGGGUAUUUUUGUGAACCUGUUGCAUCUCUACUAAACUGGAUUUAGAUUAGUCGGAUAAUUAGGUGUGUCAGGUACAAAUACCUCUCUGCUGUGGUGGGCAAACUAGCAGAGACAAAACCAAAGUCCACAGUGUUGACUGGGACGGGUGGGGGGGUACACAAACAAGGAGCCAUUAUUUACGGCCGCCUUGGCACACACCCACACACACCCACACACACACACACACACACAGAGAAACACACAGGCGGCGGACUGAAACGCUGGAGUGGUGGUCUGCUCCUCGCUGCCGCGGAUAACUUGGCGCUGGAAAAUGUUGAGGAAACCUCUGGUGAACAUCUGUCUGCUGCUGAGCCGCUGCCGGCACGGCGGGAUGUGCGGAGGUGCGGCGGCGCUGAGUCCGGGCGUCCACCGCCGACAGACCUCCACCACCAGCAGCAGCAGCAGCAGCGACACCGUGGUGGGCGGCAGCAAGCUGAAAACCAUGGAUGAGUUAGGCGGACCGGGCUUCGCCACUACGUUGUACUGGCUCUUUAUCAAGGGAUAUUUUCAGACAACGCAGCAAAUGCAGAUCGAGCACAAAAAGAUCUACGGCAGUUUGUGGAAGUCUAAGUACGGCCCUAUGGUUGUGGUGAACGUGGCCAGUGCUGACCUCAUAGAGCAGGUUCUGAGGCAGGAGGGCAGGCACCCCAUCCGGACCGACAUGCACCACUGGAGGGGCUACAGGGAGCUCAGGAACAAGGCCCACGGACCCCUAACGGAGAUGGGAGCCAAGUGGCUGCGAAUCCGCAGCAUCCUGAACCCGCGGAUGCUGAAGCCGAAGCACGUGUCGUCGUACUCCAACACCAUCAACGAAGUGGUGACGGACUUCAUCAGUCGAGUGGCCUGGCUGAGGGAAACCAAAGGACAGGGCGUCAUGGUUAACGACCUGACCGAAGAACUGUACAAAUUUGCAUUUGAAGGUAUCUGCUCAGUCUUGUUUGAGACCCGUAUGGGCUGCAUGAACGAGGUCAUACCCGAGGAAACGCAGAAGUUCAUCUUUUCAGUCGGGGAAAUGUUUCGGCUCUCCCCUAUCAUUGUCCUUUUCCCCAAGUUCCUCUGGCCCUACUUGCCUUCGUGGAAACAGUUCGUCGCCACCUGGGAUCAUCUUUUUAAUGUUGCUGAGAAGUUGGUGAAUAAAAAAAUCGAGGAGAUCCAGCAGAGCGUGGACCUGGACAAGAACGUGGAGGGAGCGUACCUGACGCACCUGCUGCUCAGCGAGCAGAUGACGGUCACGGAGAUCCUGGGCAGCAUCACCGAGCUCCUUUUGGCCGGAGUAGACACGACGUCCAACACCAUCUCCUGGUCACUGUACCACCUGGCGAAGGAGCCGGAGAUCCAGGAUCGGUUGUACCAGGAGGUGAUCAGCGUUUGCCCCGGAGACAAGGUGCCGACCAGCGACGACAUCAACAAGAUGCCGUUCCUCAAGGCCAUCAUCAAGGAAACGCUCCGGCUCUAUCCAGUGGUGCCAGGAAACGCCCGUGUCACCGCUGAAAGUGAGAUCGUAGUCGGGGAUUAUCUCUUUCCGAAAAAGACUCUGUUCCACCUGUGCCACUACGCCGUGUCGUACGAUGAGAGCAUCUUCCCCGACGCCCACACCUUCCAGCCGGAGCGCUGGCUCAGAGACAGGGACGACAAGGUCAAGCAGCACCCGUUCGGGUCGGUGCCGUUCGGCUUCGGGAUCCGGGCCUGUUUAGGGCGCAGGGUGGCCGAGCUCGAGAUGUACCUCCUUUUGUCCAGGGUGAUAAAGCACUACGAGGUCGGGCCCGACCCCACCGGAAAGACGGUGAAGCCGAUCACCAGAACUCUGCUCUGCCCGGCGGCUCCAAUCAACCUCCGGUUUCUAGACAGAGGAGCAGCGCCGGCCGAGAGAGCGACAGCAUGAGAGUUGUUUUUUUCCCUCCCUGGGUUGUUUGGUAUUCAAACUGAGCUCCUAUCGUGUCACCGAGCUUUUGUUUCUGCAGAGUUCACAGAAUGAGCCGUAACUGAGGCAUGCAGCACAGGCUGCAGAGUAGAGGAAACACAGCCAAACCGCCUCUCUGCAAAUACAACGGCUUUAUCCUGGAGUUUGUCUCUGUCCGCCGCUUUGGAGAUGCUAACUUUGUCAGCGUGACGAGUUGCUGGUUCCUUCUUUAAACGGGCUUCCGUCAUUUUACAUCAUGACUCUAGUCCAAAUGUUUUCAAACAGCAGGAAAGUUCUCAAGCGUUGAACUUGUACUAAGCAAGAAUAUCAAUACCCAAUGAGGGUAUCGCAUCACAACCGUAGGUCUUAAUGUAUGAUUUUACCUUAUUUUAUGGGACAUGGCUACAAAAAGAAGAGCAUUAUUGUGAAAUGAAAGCAUCACCACAGGAUAAUACUGCUGCCGCCAUGUUUCAGUAUAAGAGACUCAAAUUGACGUGUGCAGACAGUGUUUAGCAUGAAAGCCAUAAAGUUCAGUUAUCAAUGGUCUCUCUGCUGAAACGGUGAGUAUUGAUAAAUUUACAGUUCUGCCGAAGUCUAAUCGUUUUUUUAGUUGCUCUGUAUUUAAGCUCCACCCUUCUCUCCUGCUUCCUCAUCUAUGAAAAGAAUCCCCGUAGCAUAAUACUGCCACCACCUUGUUCCAGUGUGGGCAUGCUUUGCUUCAAAAGCUCGUCACAACUCAUCCCUGCCAGUGUCUGCUGUGCUCCUUGUUCAUCCAUGCUUUCCAACAAGCAUCUAGUGAAAUCACACUUGCUGCAGACUCUCGGUCAAGACGCUAAUUCUGAAGACAUUUGGUCGCACUGAAUUGUACUUGGAGGUAUCAGAGUAAAGGGGGGCUGAGUCAUCUAGAAAAACAAUGAGUCUACGGCUGUGGAUUUAUUAUUCUUUAAAUAUUAAAAGCACCGUCUUGUUAAUCCGUUUUCAUCAGAUGAUGGCAGCCCUGCAUUUUCACAAAGAGGAAACUUUGAUUCAUAUAAAACAAGUUGCAUUUAGUCUAAUAUCAAAGGAUUGUUGUUGUUUUUUAAACGUUGCAUUUCUUUGAACUGUUUUUUAGAUCAGUACAAACCUGCGAUAUUUUUGUCUGUAAGAUUUACUUUAUGAAAUUAAAAAAUAUGUAAAUAUG